GCGGCGGCGGCCAUCUUUCCUCCCGCGGCCGUUCCUGGUGCAAGUGCGGGGUCCGCGGCCCUCCCAGCGCUCGGGCUCGGCCGGAGCAGCGGCCAGGCGUGGAUGACGGGGAGGUGGGCGAGGCCGCCCCGCAGCGUCGCUCCUCCCCCCGCCCGAGGUCAGGCCGGGCGGACAGCGCGCCCGGGUGGCUCGGGGUCGCUCCCCGGCGCGGCCUCGUCCCCGCCGCUCCCCUCCCGCCGGGACCCCCCGGGCCCGCCCCGCCCGCCCGGGCUCAGAGGGUCGGGCUCCUCCCAGAUGGGAUAGGCUGUAAAGAUGUUUAGUUUUGAAGGGGAUUUCAAAACGAGGCCCAAGGUGUCUCUCGGAGGCGCGAGCAGGAAGGAAGAAAAGGCUUCUCUUUUACAUCGUACUCAGGAAGAGAGAAGGAAGAGAGAGGAAGAAAGGCGAAGAUUGAAAAAUGCAAUAAUUAUCCAGUCAUUUAUUCGAGGCUAUAGAGACCGAAAGCAGCAAUGCUCCACCCAGCGGAGUGCGUUUGAUCGCUGUGCGAACUUGUCCCAGGCUGGUGGCGCUUUCUCCAUUGCCAGCGGUCCCAACCUUACCCUUUUGGUGAGGCAGCUGCUGUUUUUUUACAGACAGAGUGAAGACUCACAACGUUUGAUAUGGAUGUAUCAGAACCUAAUCAAACACAGCUCUCUGUUCGUCCAGCAGCUGGAUGGAUCUGAGAGACUGACGUGCUUGUUUCAGAUAAAGAGGCUGAUGAGCCUCUGUUGCAGGUUACUGCAGAGCUGUAACGAUGACAGUUUGAAUGUUGCACUUCCAAUGAGAAUGCUGGAGGUGUUCUCCUCCGAGAAUACUUACCUGCCUGUUUUGCGAGAUGCUAGCUAUGUGGUGUCAGUCGUUGAACAGAUUUUGCACUACAUGAUUCAGAAUGGGUAUUAUAGAUCUCUCUAUUUGUUAAUUAACAGCAAGCUUCCAUCAAGUAUUGAGUAUUCUGAUAUAUCUCGAGUUCCUAUAGCAAAAAUUUUGCUAGAGAAUGUUUUAAAACCAUUGCACUUUACUUACAACUCCUGUCCAGAAGGUGCAAGGCAACAAGUCUUUACAGCCUUCACCAAGGAGGUCUUGGCAGCGCCUUUCACGGAGCAGGUGUUCCGCUUUGUCAUUCCCGCGUUAGCCGAUGCCCAGACCCUCUUCCCUUAUGAGCCCUUUCUGAACGCCCUCGUGUCCGCGGAGAGGAGAGGCCCGGAGGCCAGCGCGGGAGCGCCGUGGCUCUUCUACUUUGUCUUAACUGUCGGUGAAAAUUAUCUGGGGACCCUCUCUGAGGACGGACUGCUGGUGUAUUUGAGAGUCCUCCAGGCCUUCCUUGCCCAGUUACCCGUCUCAGCUGCUGGUACAAGCUGUCAGGACUCAGCCAGUGACUCUGAAGACGAGAGUGAAGAGACAGACAAACAGCCGAACACGCCGGAGGGCGGCCGACUCUCCGUCCCGUACAUCACCGAGGAGUGCCUGAAAAAGCUGGAUACCAAGCAGCAGACCAACACCCUGCUCAACCUGGUCUGGAGGGAUUCGGCCAGCGAGGAGGCCUUCACGCUGAUGGCGGCCGUCUGCCACACGCUGAUGGUGCAGCACCGGGUCAUGGUGCCCAAAGCCAGGCUGCUCUACAGUUUAGCCUUCAAUGCCAGGUUUCUGAGGCAUCUUUGGUUUCUCAUAUCUUCUAUGACAACACGGAUGAUCACAGGGUCUGUGGUGCCAUUGCUUCAGGUGAUGUCCAGGGGCUCUCCCAUGUCUUUCGAAGAUUCCAGCCGAAUCAUCCCCCUCUUCUACCUCUUUAGCUCCUUGUUCAGCCACUCCCUCAUCUCCAUACACGAUAACGAAUUCUUCGGUGAUCCCAUAGAAGUUGCUGGUCAGAGACCGUCAUCAAUGAUGCCCUUUACUUUGGAGGAGCUGGUGAUGCUUUCUCGGUGCCUCCGAGACGCCUGCUUAGGGAUCAUCAAGUUGGCUUAUCCGGAAACAAAACCGGAAGUUCGGGAAGAGUACGUCACAGCCUUUCAGAGCGUUGGAGUUACGACGAAUUCUGAAAUGCAGCAGUGUAUACAGAUGGAACAGAAACGAUGGAUUCAGUUGUUUAAGGUUAUCACCAACCUGGUGAAAAUGCUGAAGUCCAGAGACACAAGGAGAAACUUUUGUCCGCCCAAUCACUGGCUGUCAGAACAAGAAGACAUUAAAGCAGAUAAGGUCACCCAGCUCUACGUGCCGGCGUCGCGAAACGCGUGGAGGUCCCGGCGAAUGGGGAGAAUUGGGCCGCUGCGCUCCACCCUGGACGUGGGCGUCGAGUCCCCGCCGCUGUCCGUGUCCGAGGAGAGGCAGCUCGCCGUCCUCACAGAGCUGCCCUUCGUGGUCCCGUUUGAGGAGCGAGUCAAGAUCUUUCAGAGGUUGAUUUAUGCAGAUAAGCAAGAAGUUCAAGGAGACGGCCCGUUUCUGGAUGGAAUUAAUGUCACGAUAAGAAGAAAUUAUAUUUAUGAAGAUGCUUAUGACAAACUUUCCCCAGAAAAUGAGCCCGACCUGAAAAAGCGGAUCCGGGUGCACCUGCUCAACGCCCACGGCCUGGACGAAGCCGGCAUUGACGGCGGCGGUAUUUUCAGAGAGUUUCUCAAUGAGCUACUGAAGUCGGGGUUCAACCCCAACCAGGGGUUCUUUAAGACCACUAACGAGGGGCUUCUGUACCCCAACCCAGCUGCUCACAUGCUCGUGGGCGACUCCUUCGCCAGACAUUACUACUUCCUGGGCAGGAUGCUCGGCAAGGCGCUCUAUGAAAACAUGCUGGUGGAGCUGCCCUUUGCCAGCUUCUUCCUGUCCAAGCUGCUGGGGACCAGCGCGGACGUGGACAUCCACCACCUGGCCUCCUUGGACCCGGAGGUGUACAGGAACUUGCUCUUUCUCAAGAGCUACGAAGGCGACGUGGAGGAGCUCGGGCUGAACUUCACCGUGGUGAACAACGACCUGGGAGAGGCACAGGUCGUGGAACUCAAAUACGGUGGAAAAGAUAUCCCCGUGACCAGUGCCAACCGGAUCGCCUACAUCCACCUUGUCGCCGACUACAGGCUCAACAGGCAGAUCCGCCAGCACUGCCUGGCCUUCCGCCAGGGCCUGGCCAACGUGCUGAAUCUGGAGUGGCUCCGGAUGUUCGACCAGCAGGAGAUUCAGGUAUUAAUUUCUGGUGCCCAAGUUCCCAUAAGUCUGGAGGACCUCAAAUCCUUUACGAACUAUUCAGGGGGCUAUUCUGCUGACCACCCCGUGAUCAGGGCCUUCUGGAGAGUGGUGGAAGGGUUCACGGAUGAAGAGAAGCGCAAACUGCUCAAGUUUGUGACCAGCUGCUCCCGGCCCCCGCUCUUGGGGUUUAAGGAGCUGUACCCCGCGUUCUGCAUCCACAACGGCGGCUCCGACCUGGAGCGGCUGCCCACGGCCAGCACCUGCAUGAACCUGCUCAAGCUGCCCGAGUUCCACGACGAGGCGCUGCUGCGGAGCAAGCUGCUCUAUGCCAUCGAGUGCGCGGCAGGCUUCGAGCUGAGCUGAGCCAACCGCGCCGCGUCGCCCGGCCCCGGCCCCGGGCCCCGACGGAGAGGGCGCAGGGCCUCCGCGCUGCCCGGGCCGAGGAGGGCGCCCGGGCCGACGCCCGGAGCUGCCGCGGGCCUGUCUCCCCGCCACCCCCUCCCGGCAUUUUUUUAGUGAUUCCUUAAGUUGUGCUCACGUAGAGGGUGAAGUAAGUUAAAAACAGAUGUAUGUGCCGCGGGGCUCACGUAGUCGUUUUGCCAAGAAGAGCACAGUUUGCAGACGAGUGGCGACUCAGUGAAACUAACCAAAGACGAAGCUUUGGCUCAGCGGAGCCCCGGGGCCCCUUGGAGCCGCCCCUGCUCCCGCUCCCGCUCCGCUGCGGGGCGCCGUCCGGAGGGGGGAGGCGCUCCCUCCCAGCGCCACUGCUUCUCGUGUGAUUGAAUUGUUUACAAGCCGAAUUGUUAGACGAAAGGCAUUUUCUUUUCCUGCUGCCUUUUCCCAAAGUGGUUAGGUUUGGAAAAUAGGUAACAAUGGUGAUCUUUUAUUUGUGUUUUUAAGCCAUCUCCCCACCAUGGGACUAGCAUGCUUGUUCCCGGUGUGCCCCCGACCUGCAUCAUGAUGGUUUGGACAUUACUGUGCGUGGGUGUGUGUGUGAGGUGGGCCCUUCCUUCCUUUUCCAUUUCCGCCUCCACUUUGUGCCUGGAGAGCUUUCAGGGGAGGGGGGUCUCCGUCCAGUCCCUGCGGCGUGUGUGAGACCCGCGUGAGCGAUGGCUCGGGGAGAGGCCACCCGCAGCACCGUCUCGAGUCACUUGAACCAAAGUGGCGCUGCGCCUUUGCACUGCGGCCGGCCCGCCAGCCCAGCCCGCCCCGCCCCCGCCCCCGCCCCCGCCCCCGCCCCCGCCCGGCCGCUGCGCGGGGAAGAGGGCGGGGCUGCGCGGGAAGAGGGCGGGGCCCCACGCGCGGCGCGGGGCGGGGCGGGGCGGGUUGGUGACUCUCUGGGAUUCGGCACUUUAUCAGGAGCUGGGUGGUUUCAGACUCUCCAAGCGGAGGGUGUUUGAACGCGUCAUCUGCGAGUGCAGGGACCCUUUGCUGACGCUGGGGGCGCCAAGAAAGCAGACCACGGCUCUUCUGCGGCUGGGGUUUGGCUGUCCCUGGAGCUCUGGGCUGUCCCGUGGAAGUGACCAGAAUUAGCAAUAUGCUUUUAAAUGUGGGGAAAGCGAAUGACACUUUUAAGACAAUGACCAUUAUCAAAACAAAAUGUAUAAUUUCUUAAUUUGAACAAUAAAUUAAGUGUUUAAAUGCUAUUUGUAGUCUUGAUAUACAAAAAUAAAAUAAUUAGGGUUU